ACGGUUCCUUAGAGUUAAGUUCACGAUAGUUCACUUUAACACAUUCUGUGGAGUAUUUGUGUAGUCCUAACUACGGGUUCAAUGAUUGUAACAUAGAUAAUUUGCAAGUGACAGCUCGAGCUGCAGUCGUCAUCACCGCAUCAAACACGUGCGCUUUGUAACGCAUGUCGCCUAUAGCCUCAUCGCUUUGUUCUUCGAUUUCUACUUACCUUAACCUGAUACGUUUAUUCUUUCGAGGCAACUAUUGGUAUGGGCAUGUCCUAUAAUACUAUCUACUGUUUUCGUCCUGGCGCCAUGUCGUUUAAGGGUAAGUCGAUCGCCUUAAUACGUAUUUGCGGUUUCUCGUCCAGGCGCCAUCGCCAACCAGCUGACCGUGACGUCAUAAUCUUCCCUCUCUUCCCCUCAGCCUUGGUUAAUGCUUCCACCGUAGCCUCUUAGAGGCCACGGUACAGCUUGUCUACUUGUGUGAUUACCAUAUAGUUUGCUUCUUACACGACUCCGUCCACGACAGCCAUCUCUGCUAGCGGUGCUAGCUACCGGCGCCAGCUACCGGCGCCAGCUACCGGCGACAUACAGAUAGAUCUACUCGCGUGUAGCUGUAUGUUUUAAUACUGUACAGUUAGUUCGCGCUCUCUUUCCUUUUUCGCUUGCAUCGGUCCGGCUGUCUCUUCACCCGUGACUUUUGAUUCGUGUCUCAUUUGGCGAGCGCCUACAGCUGCUAGGUAAAACUAUGAAGGACGUGAAGUGAAUCCUACCGAUAUGGGACAUCUUAUUGGUUACCUUGAACAGGAGGAGUUUGAUGUUGACAGCUUCGUCGAGCGGCUUGCACGCCAGGCCCUUGGCGGAGAAACACUCGAAACGAAUAACGACAUUCGUGUCCUGAGGCAAACGUUCGAGCAUGCGAUAGGGGAACUCACCCAAGAAUUCCAAUUCAGGGAGCGCACCAUCAGCAGAUACGAAGAGAGAUGCUCCAAAAUCGAAUCAACGUUCCAUAGACGAACCGAGGAACUACUGGCUCAGCAGAAGGCCACCCGUCAAAGAUACAAGCACGCAAAACGUCAAGUAGACCAUAUCGUCGCUACGACGUCGUACCUUGGUGAAAUGCUUGAAGGGCACGAUUAUCCGCGGAGUCGGCUCCUUGAAGCUGAAUCAUUGGUGGCUCAAUUUGAAGCCAUUCUCUCCGGCGAUUUGAAUUCUGCUAGGAAGGAUGCAAAUGACGCUUCGCAUAAGGGUGUUUCGGAUCAUGCUCACAACGUCCUCAAACUUCACUUGGCCGCAAGCGAGUUGAUGUCUAGUCGUUACAACGACGCUAAACAAAAGAUAGCGGAUGAAUACUCGAAGGUUGAAGCAGAGCUACUAGCCGAACUUUCCACUGCUCAACGCUAUGGAGAUACGGCAAAAAUGAAAGAAAUUGUCGGUCUCAUGAGCAAUUUUCGUGGCUAUGGAGCCUGUGUAGAUCAGUUCAUUUUGAACGCCCAAAAAAAGGCAUUUAUCCACCCAGAUGUGUUUCAGGAUGUUAUGCCGUUAACUCGAAAGGUAGCAAACCUCGUUCAAAAGGUGUUUCCUUACCCCGAAUGUGUGAUGGGCAAGUUUGUCUUGCAUACACUGAGCGUCCGUAUUGCCAAUCAUGUUACUGGACAAAUGCAGUUGUCCAAAGAUGAUUUUACAUCAACGACUGCUCGCCAGCUACAUCUAGCCAGAAUGGCCCAGCUCUACACGAAAACCCGCCGUCUGUGCGAGGAACUUCAGGAAGAGAUCCCUAUGGAUAUUGCCACAAAAAACCAACUUCGGAAAGUGCCAAAAGAGCUCUUUCAACCCUAUAUUCGCACGUAUCAAGCGUUGGAAUAUAGCUGUAUGAGGACCCGAUUGGAUGAACUUAUUCGUGCGUACUACCAAUCGAUUGGUCACUUACGAAAGUCGACUACACCAUCACCUCUGCGCGACUUUCGUCGAGGAAUUCAGUCGAAAAUUGCCCCCAUGGCGGCCACAAUUAUCAAUGUCGCACCAUCCGUUAAAGACUAUGGAGGAGAAACCUUCAUUUGUGAAACCUUGGCCGUCAAUAUGUUACAGGAACUACGUGAGUCGUUUGAACGCACAUCACUGAUUCUUCGAGGAUCAGAUUGUGGCCGUCAGGCACUAGCCCUGUGGGAACUAUUCUUGCACAAGUUCGUCCGGGAACAUUUGCUCUAUGGGGUCCAUCUUGGCAUCAAAACGAUUCCUGUGUCACAAGACCACAACCAGGAGCCAAAACAGCAUUUCCUACGGAGUGUUUACCAGACCAACGCUAUAUUCCAUUUGGUGGAGAACACUUUCUACGAAGAAAUCCUCCCACUUCUGUCCGGUACGGCUGAAGAAGGCAGGGCUCUUCGGGCAAAAAGGGAGUCACAAUCAGCGUUAGAGGAGUCAAUUAGGAUCGGUUUGAAAAGAUCGAUUAAGUCGUACACUGCGUGGAUAAGGGUACUUUUAGAGAAACAAAAGUACAACGAAUUCUUAGAUCAUCAGACCAGUCCUACGGCCAGAAAAGUGAUCAUGUACACGCGAAACUGCAUCACUGCAUUUGACGAAUCCCUUGACGGCCAAAAUCAACGGCAAGUAAUGUUUGAGUUUGGUCGACGUUUCCAUAAAGCGCUUUUGAGCAAUAUCCGGCGUUUCCGUUAUUCGCAUAAUGCCGGCCUGGGCCUUCUAUGCGACAUCACCGAGUACCGCACCAUCAUAGCCCAGCUGCAGCUACCAAUCAUGAUCGAGGUUUUUGACACGCUGUACAAGUUGUGCAAUCUACUUAUUGUCCCUGCAGAAAAUCUGUUGGGCAUUCUUCACGGCGACGCCAUGUCCCGGAUAGACGCCCACGUAGCACGGGAAUUUAUUCAGCUUCGAGAGGAUUGUCGAUCGCACAAGCUGCUCGCCGUACUCUUUCCAGAAGCCGGUGGAUAGUGUAAGGCCGGAGGGCGGGAGGAGCCAAGUACUAAUGACCUUCAACGUUUUCAGGCUCAAGAUCAAAAGCUGGAUCCUCAAUGCCCUCCACGCGUUCCAUUUGGGAAUGCUCUUAAGAUUGGCAUGGCGCGCUGCCAACUCGCCUGGUUUGGCUGUUCUGUAUUCGGAUGUUAUGCUCAAACGACAGUUGUUGACUCGUUGGUGUCGCUUGAUAGAACUGACAUCGGCGAAAGCGUCGUGAAGAGGCGUCAUCGUGGAGAAAUACAUUUUCGACCAUGGCUUAAAAUGGCAACAGAUUAAGGUUAUUCAGAGGCUAUUGCCAAUGGAUAACACUGCUUAGAAUAGCAGCUCGAAAAGCUAGUUUUGAACGAAUUACAAAAUGUAAACGCGCAUCCGCUGAAAUCUCUUGGAAGGAAAGUUGCGUUAAGUUAAGCAAACUCUAUACUGCUAGCUAGGGCCUCGUAAGGAGCUAACGGAAGUACUGAUACUGGAAUAGUGUAACACAACAAAGCAUACCAAAGAAAUGCCUUAGUACUUAAUGAGCUACACAGGCGUACACUACAUUUUGUGGUUGUCUUUAAGAAGGAGAAGAUCCCAAGAUCCGUUUUGUUUCUCGGUUCUGGCAUGAUUAAUGCAGCUUGUCUGUCAAAAGAUAACAGUUCUGUAUCCGUAUCAUACUUCGUCACGCACGCAAGUUUUCAAUGAACGCAUGCAAAGGACGGAAACGUGAUGCAGAAGACAAACAAGAGCUCAAGUGCUAGCAGUCUCACUGUCCGAACUCGAUGUUGUACCGAGUACUUUACAUUCUAGCAACCUUUUUAGAUAAGCCCAGUGGUGUUGUUGCACAAGAAUUUGCCAUAGUAUAUAUAUAUAUAUAUAUAUAUAUAUAUAUGUAUCUGUUACCUAUAUUCUAUAUAAUACAAGACAGGCCAACAAUAGCGGACUGUGAUAGUAAAUGUGUAUAAAACAAUGCAGUUAUCUCUACGUGCCUCUUUGCAAAUGAUAUCAAUAAAGCAAGAGUAGUGCUUAUCUAAGAAAUUAUGUUUAUUCUUGCAAAUAUGUGACAAUAAUAUACAGCACAAAUCAUCAGCACAUAGUUGAAUUGAUCUCUUUGUUUGUAUGGGAACUUUUGUAAAGUUAGCGUUUAUAUAGGCUAGAAUCGUUGCGACACGCCAAACUGAUAAUGAAUCACAAUGUAUGCUAACGUUAGCAUCUUAACAAGAUUGCCUCUCAACUGACUAUAUAAACGUACGCGACCUGAACAUAUAAUCCAUUACGUUUUCACCGUACGCAACCGUCGGAUUGCUAUUAGAUUCCAUAAAUGUACGUAAUUCAUGUUGAAAGUAUUCUGGUUAUGGCAAUGUGUGUUAACUAAGAUAAGUCGUUAGCGAUAUCUUUCAGUUAGGUGCUCCAGCAUCCUACCAAGGCCGUUGGGUUCUAUACGGUCAUAUUGCCGGCCGUCGAUGUAGUGCAUCAUAGAGGUGAUAAACUAAAACAUAGCACUCAUAACACUUUACGGCAGCACGGAACAUUAUGAGUAACGUUCCGUGCUUUCUGGUUCGCUGGUUCGACCGACUGUUUUGAACUUAUCAUCGACUGGCAUUCCUUUUGCUAGAUUUUUAGUGCUCCGCUCUGACUACCAGUCUGCAACGUGCCCUGGGCGAGAAUGAAUCUCUCGCAUCUAAGCCUCUAACGAUUACCGCUUCAAAGAAUGAUAAACUAAGAUAGAUAUAUAUGCAUUAUUCUACUACUAUUAAUAUUGAUAUCUUGGUUAGUUUAUCUGCUGCAUCAGUUCGCAUAGAUUUUUUGCGUCGGCCUAUUUUAUAGUUUUUAAUUUACCGAAGCAUCAUUAGCCCUAACGCAUGCCUGCACGUUUGUGCAGGCGUUCUUCAGACGUCAUUCAGAUACUACUGUCGGAUAAAAGAUCGGAUAAAAGAAACGUUGUGCCGCUGUAACACUUCAUCCCUUUCGAGUAUUUGCGCAUAAUGGUAGUAACAGCAAGAACGUUAAUCGCUUAAACCGUCGUACAAAGCUUUUUAUAAAGUCUUCUACUAACGACGGACAUCUUAAUUGUUUGUACCCCAAAGCACCAACAUAAGAAGGUAAGAUAAAAGAUAGAAGAAAUUAACGACAGUUUCUAUUUCGCUCGUAUGUCUCUGAGAGAUCCAAAUAAGCUUUGCCUAACCAGUUGAAUCAUUCAAUUUCUGUCCUACAAUGAAAUCCAGCGUUAAUUCCCUUUGUCUGAUGAUUUAUAUCAAUCGCAUGCCUGUCGUCCGCCUUGAAGCUAAGGAGAGGCCCGUUUAAGUAGAAAUUCGGUGUAUAGACGGAAAACAGCUGCUUCUAUGAUUCUCAUGUCUUAGUAAUCGCAUAGUAAAUGUUUCACUUAUACCCUUAGGAGCUUUCAAACCCUGAUUUUGGACAAGCUUCGUACUGACCAAAGCCCAGCGGGGCUAGCAGAUAUUGUCAGCCCAAGAGAAUAUUUUGUAGGAGAAAAUGACACAACUACUAAUAUUACUUUGCCAUUAAGACGAGUACAUGUUAUUCUCGCAUAAAAUCCAGUCGGGAAGAACAUGCUAUUAACCUAAAGGUAAACAUAUUUUUUGAAUAUUCAUCUCUUAGUUGUAUCAUGAAUCUAUCUCGUUUCGUCUAUUCGUCGUUUAGUAGACGUACUUCAUUACAGACCCAAUACUUCAUUGCAGAGGUCUGUUUGUAAGGGACAUAUACAAAACACAGUUAGCAUGUACAUACGUGUAUGCCGUGUUUGUUUUUCGUUCGUUAUUGUCAUCCUCAGUAUACUGGUACGACUCGCUCGUAGGAAUAACAUGUACUUUUUUUAUAUUCUGGUUGCUUCAUGAUACAUAACAGUGCAUAUUCCUUCCUCUUAAGGCAUCUUGUCAUCUUGUUUCAGACCCAUAUCGUAGCGUCUUUAAAAUAGAUAUAGGAACUAUGACACCAAAGAAGUUGAUAGUGAAUUGUUGUCGCACAGAAAAUACCGCGCUGUCGACGUUUUCUAACAACUGCUAUUUGUUACAAUGCUUCCUUUUAACCUUGAAAUAUUACCGUACGUGUGCUUAUUACAAAAUGGCAAUGUAGUCCAUUUGACUAUAGGUACUUAAGGAAGAAGAAGA